AUGGAAAUUAAUGCACUAAGCGUGGAGGGCACUGACCUACUUGUCCACAGACUCCAAGACUUCUGGCACUCUGCUGCCUUCUCUGACCUCACUGUUGUAACAACAGAAAGGACCUUCGAGGUCCAUAAGCUAGUACUCUGUGCACGGUCUCAGGUCCUUUGUGACCUCAUCGCGAGAGAUAUCCGAGUAAGCCAUUCUCCGAUUUAUGCUCUCUACAAUAUCUGA